GCCUGGCCCCUCCUUGAAGUGUUACAUCUCAACCAAUAUGACCAUUCGAGUCGUGGAGUCACUCCAAGUGCCUUCAUCUUUCUGUUGCAGCAUUGCCCCGGUCUAGUCUCGGUGUCCGUUAUUGUGAACUGGUCUACUAUUGACAGGUGUGCAGUGUCACUGGAUGCUCCCUACCGAGGAUUUGCACACAAGACAAUAUCUGAGGUAUUCUUUGGUAGUCCAAGGAUUCGCCAUCCGAGAAGGAUUGCCGCUUUCAUCUCAGCCAUCAUGCCCAGUUUGGAAUCAAUCGUUACAUGGCACCCGAAAUUUGGUAGUAGGAAACACCCAGACUCCGAAAAAUACUCCACUAGGUGG